AUCCACCAUCCUGCAGGAGAGCAAGUCCCUGCUGAAGAGCCAGACCGUGUCAGACCAGGCAGUGGCAGAAGCCCUGUGUGCCAUCAUGCUCCUGGAGGACAGCUCUCCACGCCAGGCCCUGGCUGACUUCCUUCUGGCCAGGAAAUUGGCCAUCCAGCAGCUUCUCAACCAGCCUCACCACGGGGCAGGAAUAAAAGCUCAGGUGUGUUCCCUGAUGGAGCUGCUGACCACUACCCUGUACCAGGCUCAUGCUGUCUUCUACACCACCCCUGAGGGGAUGGCUCCGGAUCCAGCCCUGCCCUGUGGCUUGCUCUUCUCCACCCUGGAGAGCACCACAGGCCAGCAGGCAGCAGGGAGAGGUGGGGUUCUGGAGGAGGAGAUGAAGCUCAGCAGCUGGUUCAAGUACCUGCCGGAGUCAGUGGUGGAUUUCCAGCCUGCCCUACGGACCCUGGCCCACCCCAUCAGCCAGGACUACCUCAGAGACACGCUGCAGAAGUGGAUUGCCAUGUGCAGCGACGAUAUCAGGGCCGGAGUCAGCAACCUGCUGGUCUACGUGAAGAGCAUGAAGGGCCUGGCUGGGAUCCGGGACGCCGUGUGGGAGCUGCUGAGCAGCGAGGCCGUGGGUCAGCACUGGAGGGCGGUGUGCCGGCGGCUCCUGGACAAACCCGCCUCCCUUUGGGAGGGACUGCUGCAGCAGCUCUUCCUGGACAGGAUCGAGACGCUGACGCAAGAAGAGUUUGACUCCAUCUCCAACAGCUCCAAACAGCUUCUCACUUCAGCCUUACAAGAACUCCAAGUCAAAUCCCCCCCCUUUGCCUCCAGCAAGCACAUCCAGCUGGAACACAACCUGACCCUGUUCCUGUGGUCGGAGAGCUCGGGCGACCUGCCCCCCGACGCGGCUUGGCUCAGCGUGGCCCAACGCGGGCACCUCGCCCGCAGCGGGCUGGGCAUGAAGGCCCUGGCCCUGACCCCCUGCCUGCAGAGCUUCUGCUCGGCCUUGGACGCCAAGCUGAAGGCCAGCUUGGAUGCUUUGCUCCGCUACCCCCCCACACAUCUGCUGGGCUGCGUGCUCCACGAGCUGCAGGGUGCCCAGAGCUCGUUGCUGGCACAGGGGAAGGAGGAGGAGGUGGGUGGUGAUGCCAAGCUCCACGCCGUCCUCUUCAUGGCCAGGCUGUGCCGGUCCCUGCCCGAGCUGUGCCCUCACCUCAAGAGGUGUAUCCUGGGUCAGUCGGGGGGCACGGAGAUGGUGCCCAAGGAAACUCGCUCCGCCAAGAAGCUGGGGAAGGGGAAGGUCCAAGAGGUGACCCCCGUGGAGGUGGAGUGGCAAGGGGUGAAGGCAGAGCUCCAGGAGCAGAGCCUGUUUGCUUAUCAGAUCUGGAGCACGGCUGUCGCCAAGAGUCUGGUUCAACGCUUCAGCCAGACGUUGCUGCUCGAUACAGCUGGUGCUGUUCUGGCCACUGCCACCAACUGGGAUGAAAUUGAAAUCCAGGAGGAGACAGAGUCUGGGAGCAGCGUGACAUCGAAGAUCCGGCUGCCCGUGCAGCCAUCCUGGCACGUCCAGGGCCUCCUCUUCAGCCUGUGCCAAGAGGUGAACAGGGUCGGUGGUCACACCCUUCCCAAAGUCACCUUGCAGGAGCUGCUGAGGACCUGCCUGGCAGAAGUGCUCACUGCCUAUGAGAAGCUGGUGGAGGAGAAGCAGGAGAAGAAAGCAGGCAGCUUCCCCAUGACCCAGAACAGAGCUCUGCAGUUACUCUACGAUCUGAGGUACCUGAGCAUCAUCCUGACAGCAAAGAACGAGGAGGCAAAAGCCAGCAGGAUCAAGCAUGACUCCAGGCUGGAGAAGGUGACUGAUUUCCUGGAGGGCCACAUCGACCCCUUUGACUUGGAUGUUUUCACCCCACACUUGAACAGCCACCUGAAUCGCCUGGUUCAGCGAACCUCUGUUCUCUUCGGCUUGCUGACGGGCACAGAGAACCAGUACACGAGCAGGAGCGGUGCUCUGAGCUCCCAGGAGCUCCACAACAUCCUGCCCUUAGCAUCCAGCCAGAUCAGAUUUGGGCUUCUGCCUCUGAGCAUGUCGAGCUCCAGAAAGAGCAAGUCUGCUGCCAGGGGUGCAGAAAGAGUUCAGGUUGCAGCUCCCACACUCACACGAGCAGAGGACGAGGCGUCGCGCCCUGGCUCCCUGUUCAGGCAGCUUGUCACUGAGGAGGAGGACACUGCUGCCCCUUCUCUCUUCAAGCUGGGGUGGCUUUCAGGCAUGACCAAGUGAUGCAGUGAAAAAUAAAGAGCUGCUC